GCUCCAGCCUACAUAAGAUAGAGGUGUGUCAUCACUCACAGUCAGUGCAUGCAUGCAGAGCUUUUGUCUUCUUAGCUGAGAAUAUUUAUUAUAUAGACGUACAAAAGCAGAGAAACAGUGCUAGUAUGAGUUGCAGGUGCGGCAUGCAACACAGCGUAGGAAAGAUAAUACUUGUAACGUUGGCAAUAGUAACUAUCACAUUCAGCCAAAAGGAAUCUGAUAAUAAAGACAGCAAUGAUUGCAUAAAAGAUAUCAUUAGUGAUCCUAACAAAGUAACAGGGUGUGGACAACUAACAUCACCAAAAAACGGGCGUUUGGAUCUAAUGAUUGGACUUGAAACGGACUCAGAAAAAGAACCAGAGAAAGCGUUCUUUUCCUGCGAUCCUGGCUACCAUCUUAUUGGACCUACGACGAUCACUUGCAGGGAUAGUAGCUGGGAGGGAAAAGAGCCUGUCUGUCAGCCUGUAGAUUGUGGGCCUCCUAAAGCACCACAAAAUGGCCGAGUAGACUACCAGAUCACGACAUAUCAAUCGAAGGCUUAUUACCACUGCGAUGCUUGCGCUACAUUAGUGGGAGUUCAGAGAAUAUCGUGCAAGAAAAGUGGUCUCUGGUCUAAGACAUUACCCAAGUGCGUCUUUGAUAAAGAGUGCCCCCCAAUCACGCUUCCCAAGAACUCCAAGGUAUCCAGACUUGACACGACAGACAAUAAGCCGAGAGUCACCAAGUGUGGGGAGAGAGUAGAGAUAGAUUGCUUCGGUGGCUACAAACUAAUCGAGGCAGGCAUUGCUACAUGCCAGCCCGACGGUACCUACACAUGGCUAGGUGGCACACCAGCAUACUGUCGACGAUUGAACUGGACCUAACAGUCUGCUGACCAUGCCGCAAUAUCACAUGCCAUGAACGCUAUGUAUACAACUUGUAUUUAAUAUUUAAUCCAGUGUAACUAAUUGAAACCUCAUUUCUUUAUAAUUAUUAUCAAAUACAUCAUAUGUGAACCAUGUCAAAAUCUAUGUACAUCAUAUAA